AUGCCAGCUCGUUGGCCUGCUGAGUCCAUGCAUCUGUGUUCCGUGGAGGGACGCGUUGGAGCGUGAUACGUGUCCUGCGUUGUCUGCCCGCCCACCGCCGCCGCCGCCAGCCGCUACUGAGAACUUGUUGUCUGACAGGCGCUUGAUCGCCUUCCCUGCUGCCAGCCGAUCUGCCGCUGCUGUUGCGUAUUGGCCGGAAGGCGGGGUUUUUACUCCGGUGGUGGUGGUGUUGUUGUUUCGUUGCGGGUGGUCAUAUCCCCGUCUACGCUCCGCUGCUGCGUCACAGCCUGCAUCGCAUUGCCCUGAACGGAGAUGGAUUAUAGGUCCGGCAGGCUGCUCGCCCACACGGACGCUUUUCCAUCGUCCUCGUCCGCCUUGCCACGCCGGAGAUGGUCGCAGCUGAACCCUCUGCAUGCCUCGCCGGUGGUCGAGACCGUCCGUCCUCUGCAACAAACUGCUCCCUAUCGCUAUGAACCCGCGCUAGAUGAGUCCUCUCGAGCGCAACGUACCACUACGCUACGUCAGCUGAAUGGGACUGCCGGGACCUCAUCCUGGAGAAACCAUAAUCGGUCAGCUACUUCGCGACCCUCGACGUCGGCAUCGCAGCCCGUGCUGGUUAGGGCAUAUUCGGGCGGCCCUCAUGACACCUCCAGCACUGCUACCACGAUGCCUUCGCGGCGCUCAUUCCCAUUCAUCGGUGGCUCAAGAAGCCAGCGACGCGGGCCUGCUCUCCCAUCGGAGGACGAUUUUAGCAUAGACGGCAUACUGCGAGCUAUCGAGCCGAAUAUUCGCCAGACGUUAGACUCAAUCGGAGAAAUCUGCGGCCGCAGCAGACUCAGUCUGGCGAAUGAGUAUGGAAGUCAUAUCGCUCCUCUGGGCGAGAUCCGGGCUCCCCCGGGUGGUCUGGUGACAGUUGAGGAAGCCAGCUCCGACCAUGAAAGACAAAGCGACAACGUUGUUAUCUACGACGACGAGAAUAGUGUCGCCGAUGGACGUGAUCAUUCGUCCUUAUCUCAGUAUCGACACUGGGACGGUAGACGGCCAUCUACGGGAGUUCCUUUCAGAACUCCGUUCUCUGGGGCCGGCUCGUCGAGCCAGGUCCCGCCCAGUACCCCAAGGUCUCCCCUGGCAUUGCAUGCGCCAGCCGAAGAGCCCGCGUUGGGGGCACUUCCUACGAGGCAGUUUGCCUCCAAGCCCAAUUCAUGCGGCCGUACACUGUUAGGCACGCAGACACAGUCGGGCUCGAAUAUUCUUACUCCGGCUCUUGUAUCCGAGGUCUUGCUUGAUGCCCAGGCUGAAGCCAACGCAACCUCUUCCUCGGAGGUUCCACGAGGCCAGGAGCUUCUCGGUCCUAGCGCUAUGGAUUCCAGCGCUGGAUAUAAGGGUUGGAUUCCGCCGUCCUUGAUAGCCGAGGUGCAGGCGCUUCUAAGCUGGCUACAGUAUGGUGCCGUAGCUGCUGGUUCCGAGGCAAGACAGGCAACAGCUGAGAUGCGACUACGAGCGAUGCUCGAACGAGACCAAACUAUCUCAAAUGCGUGAUGGUAAUGUUAUUGUCCACGGGAAUGUAUGAAAUGACGAGGAACGGUGGCGAUGAUGAUUAUGAUAUGAUAUACGAUGUUAUCUAUACACGGCAGAAUUACUAGGCAGCGAUGCUACCCACGACAUAUAAUGACUGAUGACUAUGG